AUGGCGACUCCCUUCCAGACUGAGGCCUGGACAGAGUACGGUCUUGGUGUAAUUGUGAUUUUACUUCGAAUAUUCGCUCGCUGGAGAAUAAUCGGCUUCAAUUGGCAAGGGGAUGACUAUUUUGCAGUUCUGUGCUUGAUUUUCUGGACUUUAGAACUGUGUAUGCUGGAGCUCAUCGGUCAAAAUGGAACCAAUAUUGGGAUCACCGACGAAAUCGGCGCGACCCUGACACCCCAAGAAAUCGCCAAGUUCGAAUUUGGCUCGAAGUGCCUGCUGGCGGGAUGGAACUUCUACGUUACUCUGAUUUGGUGCUUGAAGGCUUGCAUUCUCUUCUUUUUCAGCCGCAUCACACUUGCGACAAGACAACAAAAGAUCGUAAAAUGGACUGCUAUCGCGACCAUUUUAGCGUAUUGCGGCGUAAUCGUUGUUAUCUGGGGGCAUUGUACACCCGUGCAAAGAAACUGGCAGGUUGUACCAUACCCAGGAGACGAGUGCACUUUGGCCGUUCCAAACUACUUGAGUUUGGUUGUUCUCAAUGUAACGACUGAUAUGUGCAUUGUUUCAAUUCCAUUGCCUCUUCUAUGGACGGUGAAGCUCAGUAUCAAACGCAAACUCGCCAUUGGUGUCCUACUGUGCUCGGGAGUUUUCGUCAUGAUCGCUGCCUUGCUACGCUGCAUUCUGUCGUUGAAAGAUAUUGACGGGAUCAAUGUCAGCACCAUCUGGGCCAUCCGAGAAACUUUUGUUGGCAUUAUCGCCGUGAACGCAGCUUGCAUCAGACCUCUUUUCUCUUCGGCUCACUGGCUCAGCUCGAGCAAGGGCAGCAGCAGCGGGGCCAUGAAGUACACCGGAUCAGGUGAUAGAUAUGGUCACCAGUUGGUCACGAUUGGAGGUGGCGGCCAGAGCACCGACCGCUCUAUGCCUGCAAAGAGAAGGCACAACAAGUACAACAUGACCGAGUUCGAUAACAACUCAAGCGAAGAACAUAUUGUCAAGUCUUCCGAAUCCGCCAACUGGCCUCAGGCUAGCGGUGACCGCGACGGAAGCUUGACAAGUAAGUCUAGUGGUCAGCAUGGUGGAAUCAUGGUCACAACUACGUACGAGGUAAAGCCGGCAGAAAGCCAACGAUGA